UUAUAUAAAGGGGUUGCUUUGUGAUUUGGUUCCAUUUGGGUGAUUUUGGUGUUGAAGGUGAUUUUGAAGUUGAAUUUCAUCUGAUGGGUUUUGGUGAUUGGAAAUGUAAAAUUCUGAUGCAAGUCUGUCUAUAGAGAGGAUGUGUGUGGCACGUAUUUGAUCAGUUUUUCUUAUGUAAAACUCGUAUUUAAGUUUUGGGUUGGAGCUAUUUUUUGUUUUGGGGGAAUUGGCGAACCGGGUCUAGAAGUAUUUGUAUUUGAAGCUAAUGGUAUGAUUAAAGAUUGGAUUUUGAGUCAUGGCUCUUGGCUUUCUGAUAUUCUUUUUCGUGCUUGAUGGAUUUUGAGAUUGGCUGAGGUUGUGGUUUUCUUUGAAUGUAUGCGGUGUCUCUGAGAAUAGAGGGCUGGUUUGAAUUUCUUAGAUCUUCUUUAUUUUGUUGCUGCGGCCAGCUCUACAUCGCGUUUGGGGAAUGCAAUUGAUGUGCCAGAAUGGACAUACUUUGUGUUCUACCUGUAAAACUAGGGUACAUAACCGGUGCCCCACUUGUAGACAAGAGCUUGGAGAUAUUAGGUGUCUGGCAUUGGAGAAGGUGGCAGAGUCACUUGAACUCCCUUGCAAGUAUGGCUUCUUGGGAUGCACAGAGAUUUUCCCCUACUACAGCAAGCUCGAGCACGAGGCUCAAUGUAGCUUCAGACCGUACAAUUGCCCAUAUGCGGGAUCUGAGUGUCCUGUUGUUGGAGACAUCCCUUUUCUUGUAGCCCAUCUGAGGGACGAUCAUAAGGUAGACACCCAUGUAGGCUGCACAUUCAAUCACCGCUAUGUCAAGUCCAAUCCCCGCGAGGUAGAGAAUGCGACCUGGAUGCUUACAGUUUUCAACUGUUUUGGUCACUACUUCUGCCUGCACUUUGAAGCGUUUCUGAUUGGCAUAGCCCCAGUUUACAUGGGAUUCCUUCGUUUCAUGGGUGAUGAAAUUGAAGCGCAAAACUUCAGCUACAGCCUGGAGGUUGGGGCAAAUGGCAGGAAGCUGAUGUGGGAAGGCACUCCACGGAGCAUUCGUGAUAACCAUAGGAAAGUCCGAGAUAGCCAUGAUGGUCUAAUAAUUCAGCGAAACAUUGCACUUUUUUUCUCUGGUGGAGACAGGAAGGAGCUAAAGCUCCGGGUUACUGGACGAAUUUGGAAAGAACAGCAGAAUCCAGAUGGAGGGGUUUGCAUACCCAAUAUCUGCAGUUGAGAUAUCUUGUCCUCUGACCAUCUUACGCGUUCCUGUUUGAUGCUUUGCUGGCUUGCUGCCUCUUUAUGUGUCAAAUGUACAUCAAAUUUUUCUUUAUUUUGCUGCUGUUUUCAGAUACUGGAUGGGUCAUGAGGAAAGUUUAUGGAUACUGGAGUAUUCGGCUUUUGUAAUUCGUUCAAUAAAGCUGCUCUAGUUUUUAUUUUUA